AUUUGUGCACAAUUUUGUCUUUGCCUGUCAGUUCAAUUAAAUUUGAUUUAAUCAUAUUCAUUCAGUUGCUUUCAGUUUAUUUAAUUCCUUCAUAAAACUCCAUAGGCUCUGUUCUGACUGCCUGCAGGAGAACCUUUAGAAACUCCAGGCAGGGAAACUACAGCUCUGGAUAAUUGGGUGGUGGUGGAUGAGGAGCAAUAAUCACCAACUAUUGCUGGUAACAACCCAUUAUCCUUUGGGCAAAACAAAAGGCCCUAUGAUGCCACAGGCAUCAUAGCUGCCAGGAGAACAUGUUUCUAUUACCAAACUCCACAAUGUAAUUUAUGUGAUGACACAUCCGAUCACACCAUUUAGGACAGUAUAAAACACUAGUAAGAGCCCACAAUGACACCAGAGGAGCUAUUGAACUUUCUGGAGGACUUGGUAGAGGAAGAAUUCCUUAAAUUCAAGUGGCUCCUUCAACAGACUAGUCAUCUUUUGGGUUUCCCAGCCAUAAAAAAGAGCCAUCUUCAGACAGCAAAUAGGCAGGACACCGUGGACCUGAUGGUCCAGACCUAUAGUCUCUCUGGAGCUGUAAAGGUAACCAAGAACAUUUUAGAGAAGAUCAACAGGAAUGACUUGCUGCAAAUGUUGUGUUCCAGCAGCUUGAGAACAGAAGUGGAUGUGAGUGAUGUUGGGAGAAUUUCAGAGGACACAGGCCAUUUAACAUCUCCUAUUCAGACUCCUCUUCCUCAAAUUCAAAAGGAAGUUCGUGGAAUAACUGAGGAAAUGGUUCCAGUUCCUGAGCCGCAUCCCAUCACAUUUUAUCGACAGAUGCUUCAGUCAAACUUCCAGGACAAGUUCAUGUGCGCACAGGAGGGUUGGGCUGAAGAUAAACAACGCCUGGUGGAUAUCUAUACAGAGGUCUACAUCACUGCUGGAUGUGAUGUACACAUCAACACACAACAUGAGGUCAGGCAGAUUGAGAACCCAUUAAAGCCAGCAGAAGAAAUACGAGUGAAACCCAGAGACAUGUUUAAUCAUCCUUCAGGAGAGUACCAGCCCAUAAAAACCAUACUGACCAACGGAAUAGCAGGAAUUGGGAAAACCUUCCUUGUGCAGAAGUUUGUUUUGGACUGGGCUGAACAAAGAUCCAAUGAAAACAUAGAUCUUAUUUUCCCCUUCACCUUCCGUCAGCUAAAUCCACUAAGAGCAGAAAAAUUCAGUUUAGCGCAGCUCAUCCAUGAAUGUAUCCCAGAAACUGUUGAUAUCAAAAAGGAGGCUCUAAAUUACAUCUUUAAAACGCUGCAGUCUUCUGGAAACAGCAACUAUGACAAAAGUAGAUUUAAGCUUCUGUUUGUGUUUGAUGGACUGGAUGAGAGCCGACUUCAUUUGGAUCUUCACAUGAACGACAGUAGAUCCACUGAUGUAAAAAAGAAAGCCACACCAGAUGUUCUGUUGAGGAAACUCAUCAAUGGGAAACUUCUUCGCUCUGCUCGAAUCUGGAUAACUUCGAGACCAGCAGCAGCCAGUCAGAUUCCCAGGCAGUUUGUUAGCAGCGUGAAUGAGGUCAGAGGGUUCACUGACCUUCAAAAAGAGACGUACUUUAGGAAACGGUUCAGAGAUGAAAGGCGGGCGAACAAGAUCAUUUCCCACAUCAAGGGAUCACAAAGUCUCCACAUCAUGUGCCACAUUCCAGUCUUCUGCUGGAUCACAGCUACCGUUCUGGAGGAUAUGAUAAAAACCAGAGGCACUGGAGAUCUCCCCAAGAGCCUGACUGAGAUGUAUACAGAGUUCCUGGUGUUUCAGAUGGAUCACUCUAAAGAGAAAUAUGGCUCUGAGAUGUCUAUUCAGUCCAUCAAAUCCUUAGCAAAGCUUGCUUAUCAUCAGCUGGAGAAGGGCAACCUGAUCUUCUACGAGAAGGAUCUCAUUGAGACCAGUGUUGAUUUGAAAGAAGCCUCAGUGAUCUCAGGAUUAUUCACAGAGAUCUUCAAAGAAGUACGUGGCAGGAAAGAUAAAGAAAAGAUGUUUAGCUUUGUCCAUCUGAGCGUUCAGGAGUUUCUGGCUGCUGUUUAUGUAAGAAUGUCUCUUAGCAACAGCUACAAACAUUUAUUUUUACCCCAGAGGUCCAAAAAAAUGCAUUCUGUCCCGAAAACAAGAGCUUCCAAAACCAACCAAGUUUAUAUCGACAAAGCCUUGCAGUCUCCAAACGGACACUUGGAUUUGUUCCUUCGCUUCUUUCUGGGUCUUUCGUUGCGGACAAAUCAAGAUAAACUUAAGGAACUGAUGGUAAAACCCUGGAGCAGCUCAGAAACCAGCCAUGAAACAGUCCAGUACAUCAAGAAAAAGAUUGGUGAAAAUCUUUCUCUAGAGAAAAGUCUCAAUCUGUUCCACUGUCUGAAUGAACUGAAUGAUCAUUCUCUUGUAAAUGACAUUCAACAGUACCUGAGUUCAGGAAGUCUCUCCACUGAUAAACUAUCUGCUGUCCAGUGGUCAGCUCUGACUUUCAUACUGCUAUCAUCAAAAGAACAUCUGGAAGUCUUUGACUUAAAAAAGUACUCCGCUUCAGAGGAGGCUCUUAUUAGACUUCUGACAGUGGUCAAAGCCUCAAAUAGAGCUCUGCUCAAUGAUUGCAACCUGUCAGAGAGAAGUUGUGAAGCUCUGUCCUCAGUUCUCAGCUUGCAGAAAUCAGGCUUGAGAGAACUGGACCUGAGCAACAACGACCUGCAAGAUUCAGGAGUUAAACUCCUGUCUGCUGGACUAGAGAGUUCACACUGCAGACUGGAAAUCCUCCGACUUUCAGGCUGUAUGAUAACGGAUGUAGGCUGUUCUUCUCUGGCCUCUGCUUUGUCCUCCAACCCAAACCAUGUAAGAGAGCUGGAGCUGAACUACAAUCACCCAGGAGAGGAAGGAAUCAAACUGCUGGUAGCUGGACUGAAUAACCCAUCCUGGAGACUGGAUACCCUUAGCAUGGAACAUGGAGGAGAGGAACGGAUGAAGCCUGGACUGUUGAAGUAUCUCUGUAAACUCACUCUGGACUUGAACACCAUAAACAGAAGAAUGAACCCAGUCGAGCCGAGGAGGGUGUAUGGGUUAAGAGAAAAGCAGCCAUUCCCGGAUCAUCCAGAGCGGUUUGAAUGCUGCCAGGUUCUGUGUGAAAAGCCUCUGGCUGGACGUUGCUACUGGGAGGUUACCUGGAGGGGAGGAGUGUAUGUGGCUGUGAGCUACAGAGGGAUCAAAAGAAAAGGAAUCAAUGCUGAUUCUUGGUUUGGCUGGAAUAAUCAAUCCUGGAGUAUUUUUAGCACUAACGACAGAGAUUAUGUUUUCUGGCAUGACAGAAAAAAAAAGGUUGUCCGGACUUCUUCCUUCUGUGUGUCCUGCAAAAUAGGAGUCUAUGUGGACUGUGCUGCUGGGACUCUCUCCUUCUACUGUGUCUCUGGUGACACAAUGGUCCACCUCCACACCUUCAACACCACCUUCACUGAACCGCUUUAUGCCGGCUUUGGUCUCUGGAGUGCAGGUUCCUCUUUUCUUAUCAAAUGUUUGUAGGGAGGAUCUCAAUUAGAGUUAAACACAGGAAGCAGCUAUCAGAUAAUUCUGAAAGAUCCCCCCGAGUUGUUGGAACAGGAAAGUCUCGGGACAUUUGAAGAUGCAAAAUUCA